AUGGCGCUUCUCCUGCUAUCGCCCUCCGUGUGCUCCGCGCUGAGCGCUGCGCCGGUCAGCUCCUGGUACGACUCGGGCGUGCGGCUUCCGUCGUCGUCGUUAGAGGGAAAGGUCAUGCCGACUGGCUCGCAAGUGUGGCCCGCCAUCGGAGGCACCGCCGGCUUCCACCGCGGAGCGGGCCGCCUCGGAAAGAAACGCGCUCGGCUGGCACCCGCGGCCUCCGACUCGAUGUUCCUCGACGAGGCUGCCGCGCUGCGAGCCCUCGACUUUCCGCUCAGCGAGGCUGAGCUCAUCUCGGCGGCAAAGGCCUUUCUCUUCUACGGCCAGGGCACCGAGAAGCCGGAGCUUCUCGCGCCCGAAUUUGUCUUCAUGGGGCCGUACGUUGGAGGCGCGGACGGGCUCCCUCGCGACGAGUACUUGAAGGCAGUCGGCGGCUUCGACCUCAAGGCGGCGGCCCAGCAUUGCCAAGCGCACACUGCCAGCAUGUCCGCCGCCUUCCCCGACCUGAACCCGCGCUUCCACCACUUCCGGGCCGAUCCCCUCGACGCGGGCAGAGUCUGGUUCACGAGCCAGGCGAGCGGCACCGACGGCGCUGCUUGCUCGCUCAAGUUUGACGCCAGUGGACUCGCCAUCAAGUACACCAUCGGCCACGUGAUGGAGCGAUCGCUCGGCAACACCGGCGGCCUCGGCGGCAUCUUCGGCCCCGCCUACGCGAUCGGAAGGCCGUUGCCGUUCCCUGAGGCGCGUCCGUGGAGGCCGUCGAAGCGCUACCGGCUGCUGCAGGCUGUCGGGCAGUUCGUGGCCUUCCUUAACGAACGCAAGAAGUGAAGAGGUCGCGCCGAGAAGACUCUGCCGUGCAUGU